ACGCAAAAUUGCCUAAACGUAAACGGACGAGCAGGCGAACGUGCAGCUCAGUGUUGUUGUUAUGGUGGGAAAGAGCAGACUUACGCAGGAAACAUAUAUUGUUGGCCAAAAUGGUGUUAGCAGAUCGUUCCGUGAGCGAAUCCUCGGAUGAUAUAAACAUCCGACCCCUAGAGCUAGAUGACCUUCGCAGAAGACAGGAAAGGCCAGGGGAGCUCCACUCUCCCAUUAAGAUGAGUGAUGAUCACCAGCACUUCCCGGAGGAGAACAGUAACCGCUUCUUCUCCGCGGUGUACGGCAUGGGCUUGAAGCGGUCGAGGGAGAAGGCCACCAAGAGCAAGGCGUUCGCUAGGAUGUGUUGGAAGAAUGCAGUUCUCAAGGUGCGUGCCCUGGGAGACCCGUGGGAGAAAUUCCACCUGGACACCUACAAGACGGAGAAAGCGCGUCGCCACCGCUACCACGCUCUGAGCCAGAAAUGGCACAUAGAUGAGGUCCUGGUCAAGAUGGAGGAUCAGCCUUUCAACAACGGCGCAAUGAGGCAGUGCUUCCGCAUGAAGAAACUGAGCAACUUCUGCCACCAAGACGACUGGGCCAGGGCACACAAUUACGUGGCAAAGAACUACAUGGAUGAGAGUACCCCAAGGUCGACCUAUUUUGAGGAUGUGAAACUGCAGGUUCUAUCCAACUUGUAUCCGCUCAAGGUGGACAUCUUCCAAAUGUCAGUGCUGGAAAUGUACGAGAGGGAGGGAAGCCCCCUGUUCCACUUGGAGCACUUCAUUGAGGGGAAGUACGUCAAGUACAACUCGAACUCGGGCUUCGUGCGUUCAGAGGCUCUCAGGAUGACUCCCCAGGCCUUUUCGCACUUCUCGUUCGAGAGAUCAGGCCACGAGUUGAUUGUGGUUGACAUCCAGGGUGUUGGUGACCUGUACACAGAUCCCCAGAUUCACACAGCAAGGGGUGAUGAUUAUGGUGACGGGAAUCUCGGCACACGUGGCAUGGCCCUGUUCCUGCACUCGCACAGGUGCAACACCAUUUGCAAGAGCCUCGGCCUCACCCCCUUUGACCUGGCUCCCUCAGAAAUGAGAGCCAAUGAGAACAAGCUAAACCUGGAGUCAUGUAAGACCGUUGCUCGCGGGACAGAAGAGAUAGUGGUAACGCCGUCGGAAGAGGAAAAGGAGCACAUCCAGGAGUACAUCCGCAUGCGAUCCCUGUCACAGGGGUACGGAUCAGGGGACGAGAAGCCGAGGAUCAAGCUGAACUCCAUUAGCUCUGUCGACUCGCUGGAAAGCGAUGAUUUCCACAUCAUGUCAGAGAGCGAGGACUCGGCCGUGGAUUCUGCACGUAGGGAACACCGAGGCCCAGAUGUGAGGCUGCGUUUUGACUCUACCUGCGACUCUGGGACAGAUACCAUGAACAAGGAGAGGGAGAUGCUGCAGUUCAAGGAGAUGGUGCAGCGUAAGGCACGUCCAUCCCACGUCUUGGGGGAGAUGGAGCACAGGAGGUUGGUGGAGACAUUGGAGGAGAACCACAACAAGACUGGUGGCUCCAUUCUUGGCCAGGUACAUUUGGACCUUGCAAAGUACCAUGAACUCAGUAGGUUUGUCGAGGAAUCUGAAACAUAUGACCACGAGGCAGCUAUCUUCCACGUGGACCAAGCUGCCAAGUGCGGCAUCCUCGAGGCCAUCAAGACAAUGGCAAAUCUGCACUUGGGUCUCCAGCACGAUAUUCUACCAGACAUUGAGCUUAAUGAAAACAGGCAAGAUGCUGAGGCUGGGUUUGAUUACCUGAUCACAGCAGCUGAAGCCAAAGAUCGUGCUGCCAUGAUUCACGUUGCCAAGGCCUAUGAAACAGGUAUAGGACUGCCACACACCAGGGAAAAGGAUUGGGUCAAAGCUGUGUACUGGCUGGAGAAAGUAGUGAAUACAAACUCAGAGGAUGAGGAAGGUGAUUUCAACUCCACCCUGGAUGAUCCUUCAUAUCAACUGGUGGCAAAGGAAGCCAUGAUGUAUUGGUCUGGAGGCCAUGGCCUUGCAAAAGACCCAAAUAAAGCUGGAGAACUUUUCAGUUGGGCUGCAGAGCUUGCUACAGAAGCCAUGAAAGGCAAGUUGGCAUCCAAGUACUACAUGCAGGCAGAGGAGGCUUGGGCAGAGUGUGACGUGGAAGAGUAAGGAGAAGAGGACUUCCAUACAUGAAGAAGUACUUCAGAAUGUAACUCGCAAAAAUGUGGACAAAUGAGUUACUGCCAUGGAGAGUUCUUCGGGUGCUAAAAAUGCCAUGUGAUAGUGGGAUCACAGUAGACUAGAUUUUUUUAUCUUUUUUUUUAAUUUUUAGGGUUUAUACUUUGUGAAUACCUUUGGUACUAUGUUUGCUCUCUCCACUGCUUGAGGAAAAUGAGUGGAUUACACAGCCUUGGGGAAACGACAUUUAUGUUGAAAGUCACGAGGGACGUUUCACCCUCGUUUUCCUUUCUAAAGCUCCAUGGUCUUGUUUCCCAUUUUAUCCAAAUCUCCUUUUGAUAUAGAAUCCCCAAAUGCUAGUCAUAUGUUAAGUGCUUUUAUGUCUUUUUUUGUGCCCUGUGAUUUUGAAAU